GGGCGCCGGGCGUACUCCAUAAAAAACUGGGGACCUCCCUUACCUGUCCUGUCUGUCUUCUCUUUCUUUCAAAGAUGGUUGAUUUCUUCCGUUCAGCAAUGAGUUACCUCAGUGGUGAGGGAGACGUAGGAGGAGGCAGUGGCGGUGGAAACGCUUUCGUUGGACAAACCGUUGACAUUGGAGAUGGAAUGAAACUUGAAAGUCAAAAAAGUUAUAGCUAAAGGUGGCUAUGGGUUUGUAUUUGUUGCUCAAGAUACAAGCACUGGAAUUGACUACGCACUAAAGAGGCAGAUAGUAGCUUCGGAAAACAUUAAAGCAAUCAAGCAAGAAAUAACAUUUUUAACUCAAUUGUCUGGUCAUCCUCAUAUAAUUAAUUUCAUUGGUGCCGCUAGUUCUAAGGAUCCAGCUGGAGGGAGUGCAGAGUUCCUUAUUGUCACUGAACUUAUUACCGGUGGUGAGCUUGUCGAUAUUGUUAACACUCGGUCUUUAAGUCCUCGUCAAGUCCUGAGGGUUUUUUAUGAAACCUGUCAAGCAAUAGCCCACAUGCACUCUCAGACCCCGCCCAUCAUACACAGGGAUAUUAAAGUUGAGAAUUUAUUGCUCACAGACAAGGGGUGAUGAUGACAUCAUUAAUUGACUUUUAAUAAUUAAUUAAAGUAGGACUUAAACUGCAAUGGAGCCCAAGGGGUCUGUUAAAUUGUACGAUUUUGGUAGUGCCACGACCCAGUGACUGACUCCUGACCACUCCUGGUCUGCUACACAAAGAGGACUCAGAGAAGAUGAGGUAAGAGAGAGGUACCAGAUUACCAGAGGUACCAGCUCAUCUUCCUCUUCCUCUAGACUCUCCUUAGACUGUCCCUCCACUCCAUUAGUCCAUGGGAGGAACAUCAACAAGGAGAGAGGAGAGAGAAGCGAGAGUAUGGAAUACAUUUUAAAAAAUAUUUUGUCCUGAAAAUAAAUGGGUGGAGUAUUGAGAUGGGCGGGCCUAAUAGUUAAUUAAUUAAUCAAUUAAGGCUCAUGCAUGCAUUGCAUCUAUUUAAAAAAGGGCUCCUCAAAUUCUCAUAUUUAAACUCAUCACUAUAAAUUGCUGGCCAUGAUGACAUUGACAUUCUUUGAUAAUUCAAAAGAUCACACCAGUUAAAGUUUUAUUGUAGUACUUACCAUCAUAUAUAUGAUGCACAGACUGUAAUACACACAGGUCUGUGUAUUAUAUCUAUGUUACCAUGUACUACUGUACUGUGAGUAUUUCUUACAAUUGUUAAAAUCCCAGUUUCCAUUUGAUAUGGACCAUGUGCCUGCUUAAAAUACAAAACUCUUUGCAACAUAAAUAAAUACAUUCUAAGCUUUCAUAUUCCUAGUACAACAAAAGAAAGUGAUAACCAUAUUAGUAUAGCAACUGUGAGUAAGUCCUACUAUGGUCAGGCCUACCUGGCAGGGCUCAAGUUACUCACAGCUACUAUAAGCUUACUAAUUUAGCUAUCAUCAGUCCUAUAAUCUCAGUGACCUGGCCCAUUUAUCAAUAUGCAAAUACCACUCUAUACAUUAGGUGAGGCUUAAGAUUAUUAUCUCAGCCUUUGAUGCCCUAGUUUCACACACUAUAUACAUAACCAAUGGGUUUACCCUGCAGUGGCAGUGCAUCCAUAUUGGAAACCCACAUAGCAAUGUACAUAUGUGCCAUUCCAGGAGCUGUUUAUGGCUGAAUAAAUAUAUUAAUAAAUAAUCAACCUCAAUAUGCAUACUAGUGAUAGUACAGUAUCACUAGUAUUAAUGUAUAACUAUACAGCAGUGUAAUGUACAUAAAAUUAUUAUCUACUACUACUGUCAAUUAUCGAUACUCCCUCAGUAGCUAAAAACAACCCGCCACAGAUACUCCCUCUUGAUGAAUUUGUAUGGUAACAGUAGGACUAUGUCUGCUACACCCAUUACUGCUAUAUGCUACAGCUUUACAACAUUGUUGCAGCAAUUGAGAAAAAGCCUUGAUUUAAAAACAGUCGUAAUGAAUGGUCAGAAUUCACAAUUAUAUAAAAACCAGCCUUUAUAUUUACAUUUGAUAUUAGCAUGAACUAAACAGGUAAAACAUAUGGCAGAUUUUAGUAGAUACUAUGAUGGAGUCAGGAGACUAUGCUGCUGCAGAUGCUAGAAAAGUAGCUGAAAGCCUUUUACAAUUAAAUAAUACAUGUGAAUAGUGAUUAAAGUGAUAGUGAUUAGGAGUUCAUUAGACUAAACAGGAAAUGCCAACUGAUUCCUGGGCUAAUGCCAAUCCCAGUUCCUGAUUUGUCAUCAUUUGACCUCAGCUCUUCUUGUGUUCUUCUAUUCUUUAUUAGUUGCAAUAUGGCUACUUCACAAAGUGAAACUCCAGCUGACAUCUUUCAGGAGAAGUAUGGUGACAUUUUUCCAUUGAUUGGAAAAGAACCAAACUUCACUAAUGUUACUGGUAAUCUCUUUUCAAAAAAGCUGAUUACUCCAGGAGAGAUUGCUGGAAUAAAAACACAAUCUAAUACUGAUGAUAAUAAGAGAGGAGAUGCCCUAGCUAUGUGUCUUUUUGAAAAAAUAGAUGUAGAUGAUAAUGACAAGUCUGCCCAAUGUUUACAGAAGAUAUGUGAUGUGUUUGAAAGCAAAAAAGUGAAUAAUGAAGAACUAAAGGAACUUGGAGCAGGAAUGAGAAAAAAGUUAUUAAGCACAACUGCUACAUCACAAGUACCAACUGAUGCUAUCUCUUCUGCUCCACCACAACCCAGUGAACCCACAACUACAAGGACAAAUCCGAAUGAACUAAAUGUAGGUGAUGUCAAGAAAGUGUUGAAAAUUUUAAAAGAAGCAAUGUUUGGUCCUGCAAAUUGGAGGGACUUAGGACUAUCACUAGGUCUCAUUGUGACAACACUUAAUACCAUUGGUAGAACAAAUGGUGAUGCCAAUGAUUAUCUGGAAAAAACUAUUCAAAAAUGGUUGGAGAAAGAGGAUCAAGUUAAAGGAACAACAUGGCAGAUUUUAAAAGAAGCAGUCAAGGAUACUGGAGACAAAGCAGCUGCUGAAAGGAUACCAUUACGUUAAAUUGACUAUUAGUGUCUGUUUUUAUUAUUAAAGUUUUUGCUGCUUACAUCUCAACAACUGUUUAGUCUUUAUCAGAAAAAGAAUGUAU